AAGGGAGGGGUUUUCACGUGACAGGGUACACUGCUGACCAAUCAGAAGACAGGCGUGUGAUUUGAAUGUACGGAGUGCAGUGUGUUCUGUGGAGGAUAGAACGGGAGGCUGUUCACCAUGGCAGAAGCUGGGGAUGAAUGGGAGCUGUGCAAAGAAAAUGUUCAGCCUCUUCGACAAGGGAGAGCCAUGUCUACUCUUCAAGAAGUGCUUUCCCAGCAAGAAAGCUCGAAUCAUAAUCCAAUUCAGCAACAGAAACAAACGUUUGAGUUAGAACUUCGCUUCUAUAAUGGUGAUGACCCUUUGGAUGUUUGGGACAGGUAUAUAAAAUGGGCCGAACAGGCAUUCCCCCAGGGUGGUAAGGAAAGCAAUCUGUCUCCUCUUCUGGAGAGGGUGGUCAAGAUCUUCCACCAGGAGAAGCGUUAUUAUGAUGAUUUGCGCUACCUGACCAUCUGCCUCAAGUUUGCUAAUUGUUGCACGGAGCCUUCAGAUUUGUAUAGCUACUUACACAGCCAAGGAAUUGGAAUUCUACAUGCACAGUUGUACAUUUCCUGGGCAGAGGAAUAUGAAGCCAAAGGCAAUUUCAAGAAGGCAGAUUCCAUAUUCCAAGAUGGCAUCCAACGCAGAGCUGAACCUCUGGAUAAAAUGGAGGCCAGUCACAGGCAGUUCCAGGCCCGGGUCUCUCGUCAAGUGUUGCAAAGUCUUGCUGAUGAAGAUGUUCAGGAGCCAGAAUCCUUAGAACCUCAGCGUAGCUCUCUGUUGGAUUUAAAAGCCAGAGGAAAAAAUAAAGCAAGAGCUCCAGUAUGCAGAGUGGGAGAUGCCAUAAAACGUCCUAGCCAGCGUUCUAGCGCACUGAUGGCUCCCCCGCGACAAAUCCCCAGCCUGUCUUUUGCUCCUUUUGAUGAAAAUUCAAGCAUUCCUGUCCCUGAAAGUCAGCCAACAAUUCCUGCUCCAUCCUGGGUAGCAUUGCCUCCAUCACGGGCCAAAGAAAAUGAACAAAAAGCAGGGACCUGGAACUCUGGCCGGACUCGCAGCACCCAUCAGAGUUCCAGCCAUGACUCAAUUCCAAGUUUUCCCAGCUUCACACCCUAUGAGGAUGAAGUGGCAGAGCAGCUGCAGACUGUCACGCCGUGCAAGAUUAACCCCUCAGUUACUAGUGUAUUGAGUGCUCGGAAGCCUAGAAUGGAGGAUGAUCCUCUACAGAGACUUCAGAGCAGCACACAAGGGAAAGAGGAGAUGGUUAUGUACUGUAAAAGCAAAGUCUAUGCUGGAGUGGAAGAGUUUUCAAUAGAGGAAAUCCGUGCAGAAAUAUACAUGGCAAAGGUUCGCAAGAAGCGAGAAGAAGAUCUUCUAGCCGGUGCUCUACGUCAACAUGAAAUGGAGAAACAAAUUGAAGAGUUGGAGAAGAGGCUAAAAGGCUCAUGCGCUGAAAACCAGGAACAAGUGGGCAUGGAGGCGGCACCAGCUGAAAGUUCAAUUCCUUGGACCGUGGAAAGUGAGCCUCAAUCUGAGCAGACGGCAGCGUCCAGCGAUUGUUCACCUCCAAAUAAAGAGAAAGUGGAUCCUGUGCGCUGCUCCCUUUCAGCUCUUCUUUCACCAAGCAUUGAUGUCUUGGAUCAAAACAAACCCAGAUGUACUGACCUGUCGUCAACCCUGUCCUCUGAUGGGCCAUUUACCAUUUAUGAUGAAACAAGUGAAACACAGUCCAGCGUUGCCUCACAAAGUUUGAAUUGGAUGCCGCCUACAGCCCGGUACCCACUUACUGCUAUUCAUAAUGAUGUCCCACUCACGGACACGCUUGAUGCUAUUGAACCCCUAAAUGAAGAGGCUAUAGUGUCUGGGUCACACAGGAACAAGACUUUGUUUGCAGAUCCGGAGGACACCUGUGAUUUUAUAAGAGCUGCCCAGCUGGCGUCCACACCUUUCCACAAGACCAAGGACGAGUCAAAAGAAAGCGACUCAUCUGAUCUGGGAAGGCUUCCACUUGGAGAGAAAACUCCAGUGUGUGAGGAGUCUUUUCGACAAGUUUGUACCAAGAAGUUGAGCCCAAUUUUAGAAGCAAGUAGAGAGGAUACUCCUUCCUCUGUGUCUUCUGGAUCUACUAGCCUGCUCACCUUAAAGACUCUGCUUGUCCAAGAAAAGUUUGACCCUGCAGGCCAGAUGUCAGGGGUGUAUGACCAUGCUGUGGACUGCUCUGUGGAUUUAGAGGAGCUGCACAAAAAUUUGCUGUUGCACAUAUCAGAACUAUUGACAUUACAGCAUAUCCACCAGGAGGCAAGACAGAUGCCCUCUUUGAAGGACCUGGAAGAGUUCCACCUUGAUGGUGAAACAUAUCAAAUAAAAAGUAAACUUAGUAUAGGAGAGAGCAGAAACCUUUUUAAAGCAACAUUGUCUGAUGAGAUGGAAAGUAUAAAAGCGGUAGUUGUAAAGAUGGACUCACAACCAGUUCCCUGGGAUUUCUAUAUUACACAGCAACUGACAGAACGGCUCGGGGAGGAGUAUAACAGUUGUCUCUUAGAACAAAGUGACUGCUUCCUCUUCCAGGAUGGCUGUUUUAUGGUUUAUAAGGAUACCACUCACGUUACUAUUAAGGACAUACUUGAAGACCAACAGACUUUGACUGAGGAGGUCAUUAUCCUGUUUGCAUACAAUUUGCUGAGUCUUGUAGGAAAACUCCAUUCAGUGGAAAUCAUUCACGGAGACCUGAGGACAGAAACACUUCUGCUGGAGAAUAAGGUUUUUGACCUGACUUCUUGCACAGAGAUGAAUGCUUGCAUCAAACCAACAGACUUCUCCCACAGCAUGGACAUGCGGCUCUGCCCUACACUGACAUCAAGAGCUUUCCCCAUCGCACAAACUGAGUAUGGGCAGCAGGUUCUAGCUGGCCGAACUUCACCUUACCAGGUGGAUCUUCUUGGCAUUGCAAAUGUGAUACACUUAAUGAUCUUCAGCAAGUGCUUGGAGGUUCAUCAUGAAGAUUCAGUAUGGAAAAUCAACAAAGCAUUUCCCAGCUUGUGGCAUGUGGAAGUUUGGAACUCCUUCUUUUCAAAAAUAUUGAAUACGGACAGCGAAUCUCCAUCAUAUGUUUUAAAGGAACUCAAAGAUGAGAUGGAACUGUUAUUUGACAGCAACUGUCAAGAUGGGCUAUGUAAUUACUUCAUCCAUCUUGAAAACUGUCUAAGCCCCCUUUAGGCUCAUGAUCCAUGUUUCAUAAGAAGUGUUAGACUUUCAUAUCUUUCCUUCUAGACUGGAGCACACACUCUCCUCCAGCUUAGUCUUAAUUCACACUGUCACCUUCUCUGUGUUUUAUAUUGUAUGUUCCAAUAUAUAAAUGUCAUGUGUGUUUUUUUCUUUUUGUUUUUUGUAAUUUGUACAUUCACUAAACUUAUUGUAUUAAAACAUUUUUUUAAAUGAA